UUCGUCUCGCCGACCAACAUGCCGUCCAGACUGAGGAAGACCCGAAAACUCAGGGGCCACGUGAGCCACGGCCACGGCCGCAUCGGCAAGCACCGGAAGCACCCUGGAGGUCGGGGGAAUGCUGGUGGCAUGCAUCACCACAGGAUCAACUUUGACAAAUACCAUCCAGGUUACUUUGGGAAAGUGGGUAUGAGGCAUUAUCACUUAAAGAGAAAUCAAAGCUUCUGCCCAACUGUCAAUCUUGACAAACUGUGGACCUUGGUCAGUGAGCAGACACGAGUUAAUGGUGCCAAAAACAAGACUGGAGCAGCUCCUAUCAUUGAUGGCGUGCGAUCGGGCUACUACAAAGUUCUUGGGAAGGGAAAGCUCCCGAAGCAGCCUGUCAUCGUGAAAGCCAAAUUCUUCAGCAGAAGAGCAGAGAAGAAGAUUAAGAAAGUGGGAGGGGCCUGUGUCCUGGUAGCUUGAAGUCAGCUAAAAGAAGGAUCAUUAAAUGCUACACUGCUUUUCAAAAAAAA